GUAUAUUGGCAGAAGGGUGGUGAGGAUGGAGCUGCCAGGCAAAAGAGCGAGAGGAAGACCAGACAAAAUGUUGAUUUAUGUUGUGAGGGAAGACAUGAGGACAGUGGGUGUUAGAGAGGAAGAUGCACAAGAUUGUUUUAGAUUGGAAAAGAUGACAUGCUGUGGCGACCCCUAACAGGACCAGCCGAAAGGAAAAGAAGCAGUGAAUCGGCUUCGAACCAACUUGGCAACAACCCGUAGUGGUGGUGGCACCGAUCAAAAAAAAAAAAAAAAAAAAAGACUGGAUGGCUCAUUGGUCACCAAAACUAAAGUUUCCAUCCGCCAUCUUGAUACUCCCAAAACAACCAUGCCGACCUGUGCAGCCGGUUUUGUGGCUGUGAGUAAACGUUCUACAGGUGCACUUGCGAGUGGCGGAACCAAUGCUCUCAGUGUGAGAAAGCAAGUCGGACUCACAAUAUAGUCGGGCUGAUAAACGUCGUCCAGGUGAGAAGCCAGUUUUAUGGUUUCGGGAUAUUUUGUACUAUAUAUUAGCUAACGAUAGCAAAAUGCUUUGAAAUACUCCGAAAGACAUUUUUAAUCACUGAUGUAUGGAGUUGUAGGAAUAAGCUACUUUUGGGGGAAAACCACAUACGGACUGAACUCGAAGGAAAUAAAAAUGAAUACAGGUAAUUUAGGUGUGCAACUUCCUGUCUCAGCUUUGCGCCUCCUGGUGUCACCAAUUCAACUCGUCUCUGCAGCGAUCUGGCAGACCAUAGAACAACGAAUUGUGGCUGAUUAUGGGAUACUCGAGGAUUUUGUUUCCAUGGUUACAGACAUUGUUCCACAGCUGCUCACAAACAGUCAGCGAACUCAACUCAUCCUGGGCCUCAGAGCACAGCAAAUCCUGGAGUUAUGUCAAUUGGAAGAAAACGCUCAUUUCAAUGUUAUGGAGCAACAUCUGGAAAGGAUGAACAUCCUUGUGAAGACAUCUGCUGCAAGUGGCCAUGAUGAUCCAUGCUCAACUUUUGUGGAUUUUGUGAAACACUUGCUGAACAACCCUGCUGAGAGGAAAAACUUUUUUCUUGUUUGUGGGCUUGCUGAAGCUUAUUGCAGCCAUAUCUGGGUGAGAGGCAGGGUACAACCUGAGCUGGUCAUCACCCAACCGCAGAAUGUGUUUCCAAAGAAUUUUGGCCCAUCCUAUAACAAUGCUCUCCGGUGCCUGAUGGAGCACUUUCUGUCUAGACUUCAGUCAUUUCUUCCCUGGAAACCCUUCCAACAGGUCGCCUCCACUUGUGCUGAUGUGUCCUCGGUUUUGGGGGACUGCUUGAAGUCCAUAUAUAACAGUGAUGAGCUGAGAACUCUGCUUCAGUAUCACAAGAACCAUAGCCAACCCGGACACAGUGAUAUUUCCUCAGAUGGCACCUGCAUCAUGUCUGCUCUCAUGUGUGCUGCACUAAAAGAUCAUUGCUCCCAGGAGACCCCUGACUGGAAAUCUUUUCUGCAUGUAGAAUCUAAAACAAACAAAGGGGAUGAACUCAGGAUGGAGAUUGAUGAAACUCAUGACACGGUAGAAUGUGAUUCAGGAGAAGUCACCAACAGUAAAGGAAAUGUUGAAAGUCAAAAUAAUGAUGUAUCUUGCCCUCAAUUGGAUAGCUGUGAAGAAGGGAAAACACUUGCGGGAUCUUUGCAGUUUCGACCUGUGCGUCGAAACCGAGGACUAAAAAUGAAAAGGAUUUUGGUGGAAGAGAAAAGGGAACUUGAUGGUGAAGAGGAUCUCCCUGUUAACAAAGCCUUUUCCGAUGAGGACAAUGGAAGUGAAUAUUCCUCCUGGUCUUUCUAUUCCGAUGAGGACUCUCAGAGUUAUCAAAGUUCAUGGUCUGACUCCUCUGGUGACGAUGUAUCCGAAGUGACUCCUGCCAUUUCAUCUCCAAAGUUGUUGAACUUGACUUUGGUCACAAAUGAUAAAUCUUCAGCAGCUACCAGCACAAAGUUCGCCACCAGCCAAAACAAAGUUCCUCCAAUAAAGUCUCAAGUCAAGUGCUUCAUCUGCAAUGAGCAAGUGAGCAUCAACCUGAAAACUCACAUAAGAACCCACUUUCCAGAGGGUCAGUAUACCUGCCUACAAUGCAAUACCAGGUUUAAACUAUUCUCAUCUCUGACGACGCAUUUAGAAAAAUGUUACGACUAUGGUCAGCAGUCGGUAGAUCCCAGGCCGGCCCAUCUUCUUUACAAAUGUGACCAUUGCGAGAAGGCCUUCAGGUACAACCAGUCACUGGAAGCCCACAAACGGACCCACAAUGAACUCUACUGCAGUGUGUGCAGGAAAGUCUUAAAAGACGCAACAACAUUAGAAAGGCACAAGGCUUCCCACACCGGGUUUCAAUGUACUCGAUGUGAAGUGUCCUUCACUCUUUUUAAGCCCUUGCGCAGCCAUUAUCAACAUUUCCACAAGAUUAGCAGACCAUUUAAAUGUAAUCACUGCCCCAAAACAUUCUCCAGGCUUAAUUGUUUAAUCAGACACGAAUGGCGGGAGACUGGUCAUCUUCCAUUCCAGUGCAAUAAAUGUACUUUGAGAUUUAGAGGUGACUACGACCUCGUGUCGCAUCAAAGGGUUCACACAAAGGAGAAACCCUACCUCUGUGGAGACUGUGGGAAAACGUUUUCCCAGAAGCACAAUCUGCGACGGCACCAGCGUUUUCUGCACAGCGAGUCAAAAAACGAGAAGAAGUACUUCUGCACCGAGUGUAAGACGUCGUUUAAAGAGAAAGGAGCUCUGAUACAGCACCAGAGGCGGAAACACCUCAAGCAACUGAUUCACUAUCUGUGCCCGGACUGUGGGAAGACACUCUCUGCAUCGUCCAUCGCGAGACAUAGGUUGAUCCACACAGGAGAGAGACCUUUAAAAUGCACGGCUCCUGAUUGCAACAAGUCUUUCCUGUCAGCUACUGAAAAGAAGAAGCAUAUUCUCAUGCACCACUCCACUGAACGACCCUUCAAAUGUUAUACGUGCGGGAAGGGCUUUGUCACAAUUGGCUUACUUAAUGAGCAUUCGAAGAACCAUUCAGGCAAGAAGCCGUUUGUAUGCGACAUCUGCAACAAGGCUUUCCCAAAACGCAACAGCAUGAUUAGGCACAAGAAGCUUGUGCAUACAUCAAGCUAAAGGAGCCAUAAUUGUACCAACUUUUUUUUUUUUGGUAUGUGGUAUGUAAUAUUGGCUUUAUCGUACCUCAGUAGAUGAAAAUCAUUCAUGCAUUUCUAAGUUUUUCUGCUGAGAGGCUUGAAAUCGUGUCAUACGAAUUUAUUAAACUGAACUACGUCAUUAGCCAAGAAUUCUGCCUCCCCUCCCCCACCCCACUCUGGCAACAAAAAGUUAUGCUACCACAAGUUGGCCUUCUACACAGAGGAAGGCAAUGAGAAGAAAGGAGGCAGUCUUAUCUAAAUAUGUACAAAGUGGAUCCAAAACUAUUUAAGGGGGCCUUUUUUUUUACACUAAUAGCAAAAGUUUUUUUUUUGUCAUAAAUGACAUUGACCCUUUGGUACUCAAUCCACAUUAGAGAGCCACAAAAUAGCCCAAACGUUACCUAGAGUUAAGGGGACAUGGUACUUUACAAACACCAUACUGCCAACAAUGAGAAUUAACUAUUUACACCAUGAAAGGCAGACUCCCUGUCAACUGGGAUUAUGUAAAGUUAAAGUGAAUGUGUGUAUUUUUUUUUUCUCACAAUGAUGCCUCUCGUACAGUUUUGUUAUUCCUGUAUUUCCAAAAUCCCACAAAAACUACUUGUUGGUUCAAGAAAAGUAAAUAAAGUAAAUACCCGCCAGGGGUAUGAAUAUUACAUACUUGACUUUAGAGUGUGUGCGUGUGUGUGGAAAAUCACAUUGAUUUUUAGUAUGUGUCCACCCAGAAGCAUGGUGAUGCAACUAGUUAGAACGUUGGGCCCGCCUGUGUUGGAGUUUGAAUGUUUUCAGUUCCCCCCCCCCCCC